UGGUCGGGGUCAGAUUUUAAUGGUGACGUUUCUAUGUGGUCUUGGAUAGAAGAAGUUUAGUGCUUGUCCAGAUUCUGCUGGGCACUACUACGACUGCUGGUAAUCGGAGUAUAAAAGCCCAGGAUUGCCCCUUGCUCCUGUUGUCUCCCCACAUAACGCCCCAUGGGUUACCGUAUGGAUUGAGUCCGAGGAUCUUCGUACUGAACAGUCGAACAGGCCUUACUAUUUUCUGAUUCAGUUGUGUUUACAAUUGCGUGUUCACCGGAUUAUUGGUUUUUAAGAAGUUGUCAAAAUGGUGUUGGCUGAUCUUGGAAGAAAAAUAACGUCGGCGUUGCGGUCGCUGAGCAAUGCAACAAUCAUCAAUGAAGAGGUUUUAAAUGCCAUGCUGAAAGAAGUCUGUGCGGCAUUACUAGAAGCAGACGUAAAUAUAAAACUAGUUAAGCAGUUAAGAGAAAAUGUCAAGGCAGCGAUAGAUCUUGAAGAAAUGGCCUCUGGUCUUAACAAAAGAAGAAUGAUACAGCAUGCAGUUUUCAAAGAACUAGUCAAGCUUGUUGAUCCGGGAGUCAAAGCGUGGACACCAACGAAAGGAAAAAAUAAUGUCAUCAUGUUUGUUGGUCUUCAGGGGAGUGGAAAAACAACAACCUGUUCAAAGUUGGCAUAUUACUAUCAAAGGAAAGGGUGGAAGACAUGUUUGAUAUGUGCAGACACAUUCAGAGCAGGUGCUUUUGAUCAGCUGAAACAGAAUGCAACAAAAGCAAGAAUUCCUUUCUACGGCAGUUACACAGAGAUGGACCCAGUUAUUAUAGCUGCAGAUGGUGUGGAAAAGUUCAAAAAAGAAAAUUUUGAAAUAAUAAUCGUUGAUACCAGUGGUCGUCAUAAACAGGAAGACUCCUUGUUCGAAGAAAUGCUUCAGGUUUCCAAUGCUGUGCAACCAGAUAACAUUGUGUAUGUGAUGGACGCAUCUAUUGGUCAAGCUUGUGAAGCACAAGCCAAAGCUUUCAAAGAUAAAGUAGAUGUGGCGUCUGUGAUUGUGACCAAACUGGAUGGACAUGCAAAGGGAGGAGGUGCUCUCAGUGCUGUUGCUGCCACCAAAAGUCCUAUCAUUUUCAUUGGUACUGGAGAGCACAUUGAUGACUUUGAGCCAUUUAAAACCCAGCCCUUCAUCAGCAAACUUCUUGGUAUGGGAGACAUUGAGGGAUUGAUAGACAAAGUCAAUGAACUUAAGCUGGAUGACAAUGAAGAGUUGAUAGACAAGUUGAAACAUGGUCAGUUUACAUUGAGAGACAUGUAUGAGCAGUUUCAAAACAUCAUGAAAAUGGGGCCUUUUAGUCAGAUCAUGGGCAUGAUUCCAGGAUUUGGAACAGAUUUCAUGAGCAAAGGUAAUGAGCAGGAGUCAAUGGCCAGGCUGAAGAAACUAAUGACAAUAAUGGACAGUAUGAAUGACCAAGAGCUGGACAGUAAAGAUGGUGCCAAGCUUUUCAGCAAACAGCCUAACAGAAUUCAGAGAGUGGGACGAGGAGCUGGCGUUGCCACCAGAGAUGUACAGGAACUUUUAACACAGUAUACCAAAUUUGCACAGAUGGUGAAAAAGAUGGGCGGCAUCAAGGGACUCUUCAAAGGUGGUGAUAUGUCCAAGAAUGUCAACCCAUCACAGAUGGCAAAAUUGAAUCAACAAAUGGCAAAAAUGAUGGACCCCAGAGUUCUUCACCACAUGGGUGGCAUGGCUGGGCUCCAGUCUAUGAUGAGACAGUUUCAGCAAGGUGCUGCAGGCAACAUGAAAGGCAUGAUGGGAUUCAACAAUAUGUGAAGACAAAGCCAUAAUAAACUGUCAUUAAACCUUAUUUAAAAGCAAUCUUAUUUUAGGAAACAGGAGUUGUGGUGGGGUAUGUUUCAGUGUUUUACUACCCAACAGUCUGAAUUAGUUCAAAUAACUGAACAAAUGAAUCACUACUCACUUUAAACAUUUCAGUGGUAUUAAUGCACAAAUAGGUACAGUGUCUCUUAUGACGCUGUAGUCUGGAGCCAUAGUUAAGAGACCUUGCUAUUUGUGUUCCACCUUAUAAUGAGAAUACUAGUGUUAGUGUAAUGGCAUUAUGGGAGAAAUGGGAGUCAUGACCAUACUGUCUUCUAACCUGUUCCUGAGUAUAAAGGGAGAGCGCUGUACUUGGAACAGAUUUUUAAUUUUUUUUUUGAAAAAUUAUAUUUCCUCUUAAUUGCAUUUAAUUUAGUCUGGCUGUAAUAGGCAGGCAAUAUAAAAAUUAAGUAAAAUGGGGCUUUAGUGCAUUACAUUAUUUUGUCAUCAAAUGGGAUGUAUAAUAAAAUUUAAGAUUUGUAAGUUAUUCUUUUCAUUUGCUUUCUUUUAUGUUACUGUUUAUAAAACUAUAAUGACCAGGGCAUAACUGAAAUUUAUGUUUUAUUUAAGAGGCUAUCCUCCUAAAAAUAUUUUAAAUAAACAAAAAUUUGAAGUAACUGCCAAUGUAGUACUUUUUACAAAUAGCGACUGCCUCUUUCCUUAUGUAUUCUUCAGUGGUCAUUUCAGAACAUGACAAACACACACAGUAUUUAUGCAUGGGCUGGAUGUAGGUUCAAAACUGGUUUUACUUCUCAUAAUACUGCUGGCUCCUAAUGAUUUGUAAUAUCACCUUGGUGUGGUGUUUACCAUUUUCACCUAUGGAGCAGACGCUGAUUCAUAAUUAACGAGCAUGAAUUACAAUGAAACUUGCCACUACUUUGUAGUCACUCCCUAUGCAUCGCCUUAAAACCUUUAAAUAACCUUUGCUUUACGUAUGAAUUUGUCAAGACAUGUUACAAAUGAAGUUGUGGCUGGAGAAAUGGAGUUUACCUGAUUCAGGCUGAAAAGCUCAUGAAAAUGAAAUGUUGAAAAAAAAAAGUCCCUCUGCUCUACCCAUCAUUAAUUAAAUAUUUUUAGUUUUG